AAAACAAUCCUAAUGCAGCUAAAGAUUUAUACCGAUUACCAUCAAAUACAUCUCCAAUUUUACCGCUAUUAGAUAUAUAUUCUUCACUUAAUGUAUAUUCAUGUCAAUAUCGAAGAAUCAUAGCUCGAAAUGGAUCCUUAUAUUGCAUUCUUAAACUAUCAAUUAUAGAAAAGUAUGCAGCUAAUUUUCGGGAUUGCUUUUGUGUUUUCCCAGAUAUGUAUCGUGGUUCAUUACAUAUAGGACAU